AUUUCAGUAGGUGCAGCAAUAUGGCCGCCUCCUUGAGACUUGGCUGUCAGGGCUUGAUUAGGUCAUUUCUCGGGGGUCUCCGGACUCAUAGUGGAGAAUGUAGCUUGAGGGCGUUACACACAGCCGGGACCCUCAGGGGGGUGCCCGGCGUCCAGGUCUCCAUGCCAGCCCUCUCCCCCACUAUGGAAGAAGGAAACAUCGUUAAGUGGCUGAAAAAAGAAGGUGAGAGCGUGAGCGCGGGAGAUGCCCUGUGUGAAAUCGAAACGGACAAAGCCGUGGUUACCAUGGAAUCCAACGACGACGGAGUACUGGCAAAAAUUCUGGUGGAGGAGGGCAGCAAGAACGUGCGUCUUGGCUCUUUAAUCGCUCUGCUGGUGGAAGAAGGGCAAGACUGGAAGCAAGUGGACGUUCCCAGUGUUAAAGUCUCUCCGACCACGGUCGCUGCAGCCACAAAAAUCGCCAAUGUGGCCCCAGUGGCAAAACGUGGGCUUCGCAUGAGUCCCGCAGCUCGACACAUCAUUGAUACGCAUGGGCUAGACACUGGUUCCAUCACCCCCUCUGGGCCUCGAGGAAUAAUCACAAAAGAGGAUGCUCUAAAAUGCCUGGCACAGAAGGAGGUACCAGGGGAGAAGCCAAAACCAGCUGCCCCGACCCCAACUCUACAAAAGAUUUCAACGUCUCCACCUGCAGCGUCUCCAGCACCUGUCUCAGGACGGCUAACCUUUCCCCCAAUGUCCAUCCCUGGGAAGCCCCAUACAGAGGGCAUGUUCUCUGAAAUACCAGCCAGCAACAUCCGAAAAGUCAUAGCCAAGAGACUAACCGAAUCUAAAUCCAGCAUCCCGCACGCCUACGCUACUACCGACUGCAACUUGGGGGCUGUGCUGCAGCUGAGAAAAGAGCUGGCCAAAGAUAAUAUAAAGGUUUCCGUGAAUGACUUUAUCAUCAAGGCCACCGCAGCAGCACUUAAGCAAAUGCCUAAUGUCAAUGUGACCUGGAAUGGGGAGGGAGCAACAACACUGGAAAGCAUCGAUAUCUCCAUCGCAGUGGCCACCGAUCGUGGGCUCAUUACACCGAUCAUCAAACAGGCAGCCAGCAAGGGGAUCCAGGAAAUAGCUGCUACUGCAAAGGUCCUGGCACAGAAAGCACGAGAUGGAAAACUUUUACCUGAGGAAUAUCAAGGAGGGUCAUUCAGCAUUUCCAAUCUGGGCAUGUUUGGCAUCACGGGGUUCAGCGCAGUGAUUAACCCCCCGCAGUCCUGCAUCCUGGCCGUGGGGCGAUCCCGGGUCGAGCUGGGCUUCUCCGAAGGGGAGGAAGGAAACCCUCAGCUCUGCCAGAAACAAGUAAUGAACGUUACCCUGUCCAGUGACGGGCGGCUGGUGGACGACGAACUCGCCACUAAAUUCCUCGAAUGCUUCCGGAAGAACCUGGAGAAUCCCCUCCAUUGUGCCCUGGUGUGACUAAGCGCUGUCCCUUUAAUAUAAAGGCUCACUCAUUUUAUUUGCCCAUUCUUAACUAUGCCAAAACGCAGCAGGAAGUGAGGCGUGUAAUAGAAAAUUGCUCCCCCCUUCUUAUUGGCCAGGCAUGGUUUUAGGGUUUAAUGGUUAACGGUAUAGCAAUGAGUUGUGUAACAACAUCCCCCCAUGUCCAUCAAAUAACACUCAUGGGGUCAAUAAAAGACAUUAAUUUAUUAGAA